AUGAAUCCAACAAGAGCCUCCAAUGACCCAAACCCCAAUAGCCAGGUAAGACGACCUACAACUGCUGCCAAAUAUAAAAAAUUCCAACCAAAUUUCACCGAUUCAAAUCCACCAUUACCUCCUAUUGAAGCAUUUCAACUAGAUACUGUAUUAAAGAAUGUCUUACAAUCAGAAUCUCAACAAGUAGUUGAUAAUCUACUAAAUGUCACUACCAAUUAUCAGAAUGAUUUAAGAUUGGGAAUAAAACAUAACCUAUCGGUUGAACAAAGAAUCCAAUUUAAGAACAUAGAAGUAGCUAAGUUGGCGAAUUCAUUAAGCAAAACCAUUAAACAUCGACGAAAAAGAUUGAAAAAAGCGGUGUACAAUUCAAGAAAUGACACUGUUGAUUCAAAUAUGAUAGAUUCGGAAGUUAAUCGACUUUUGAAAUGUACAAUCACCGCUGGUAGUAAGAUUAAUAAUUUAAUAGACAGAUUAUCUACUAUAGACAAGAAGUUGCACGCAGAUGGUGAUCGCUUAUCCACCAGAAAUAACACAAAAAUGUCAAUAUACCCCAACGUUUACAAGCUUCUUCAACUAAAACAAUCAGAACCAUCGGGAGUUUCUGUCAGCACGUCUAAUGAAGAUCAACUUGAUGGAAUCAAUGAGGAUUACUUUGACAAUGUCGAAGUAAAUUUCCCUAUAAAUGGUAUAGACAACUCUCCAAACCCGGAAAGGUUACCCACACCCCCUAUCAAUGGCAGGGCCCCAAUACCAAUCAACUUGGAUAAAACAAAUAUGACGGAGCAUUUACCUCACACUCCUGAUCUGUUCUCCGAGAAUGUAACUGAAAAUGAAACCGAGAGUUUUUCAGGCAUUGACCGAGAACUGGAAAUACUGCCGAAGCAACAAACAGAAGAUGACGUAGCCACAAGGGAAGAGCAAAGCGGACCAGCGACAGCAACAACAAGGGAAGAAGAAGAAGAGGAAAUGGAUCCCGAAUCAUUCGAAACAUUUAUGUCGGAUAGCAUUUCACAAUAUAGAAAAUUACAAUCACAAAAGCAUCGAAUCCAACAAUCAUUCGAUGCCAUAUAUGACGAUAAAGAGUCGAAUAUCCCAAUUAAAGAAAGAAGCAACCCCUUGAAUUUGCUUUAUUCCCAAUUGCUUUCAAAUCCAAAAUACCGAGAUUCUGCUCCAUUUCGAGAUUCCAGUUGGCCAUUCUCGAAUAUAUUGACUAUGAAAUCGCAAGCCACCAUUAAACUGACGUUGCAGACAUCUCAUUUCAAAAAGCUACGAAUCAAUGGGGCUCCAAUAACGUCCGAAAGUUUCAGGAAUGCCAGUAAAAGUAAAUGUGCUUGUAAAACCGACCUGGAACAUGAGGAGCAUGAACAUUCCGCGGCACGGAAAAUUAUUGCUGAGUCAUUAUUAGAGAAUUUGCGAUUGAGUAGUGACGAUGAUUCUGUUUGGAAUUCAUCUGGGUUAAACACCGAGGAUGAUGAACAUGAUGAUGAGCAUGAUGAAGAUUCAGUUGAUUUGGAUCAAAUAUUAGGUUCAGAUUCUUCUGAAUCAGAUUCAUCAAAUGAUGAUGAAUUGGGUCAUACUAAUAAGAAUAUAUUGAAUACUAAUCAAUAUUAUUCAAAUUUGAAAUCAAACUUACAACAGAAGAAAAAGAAGAUACUUUUGAAAAAGAGAAAACUCAAUGGUAAUCAUCAUAAAUCAGCUAGAAUAAGUCAUCCAAAGGAUUUUUCUCCCACUCCAAAGCAUAAACCAUCACAUCAUAUUUUAAAACCAAAAAGAUCGAUUUUGAAAAGUAAACAGUCCUUCAAGUUUUCAAAAGAAAACUCUCCUUAUAGAAAAGCAGGAAUGGUAACUGAUAAAUUUGAUGAGAAAGUAUCCAAUGAAAGAUGUGCCCUUUCGGCAGUCAAUAAUGCAUUUUCAUCAAAGAUCAAUAAUGAAGUUUCGGAUUUCAAUGUUCAAGGUACCAUAUUACCCAUAGACGAUCCGGAGGUUGAAGAUUAUAGUGCUGAUCUAUCUGAAGGUGAGAAUCCUAUUGAUGAUCAAAGUGAUCGUCAUAGUGUACACAGUACAAGAUCGAUUUCGAUAUUAAAAACGUAUAUUCUGUAA